GGAUUUGUAAAUUUAUUAAAUAAUAAGAUCAGACUGUGAAUCGGGCUGCUGUAUUUUUUGAGGAGGAAAUUGCAUUAAACUCGUGAGAAUUGGGUGAAUGUAAGGUGUAAAUUUUUAGUGUAGACUGUGUACUGUGCAUGUUUUGUGUUCGUUUGAGCAUUUUUGAAGAAAUAUUUGUCUCUUUGCUCAUAACGAAUUUUUCGGACUGACUGUGUUCAAUUGUGUUUUUAAUAACGAAUUCGGUGACUAUUAGGUACUGCAGUGAGCGAGAUGGCAGAUUGUCGUCUAGUGGAAAUGCAGAGCUCUCCUAGCCUCCGUCGCGUUAGCGCAUUUUUGUCCUAAAUUUCAAUAAAAAUAACCGUAAAUGAUUUAAAAUACGGAAAUUAUGUGAUAGAAACCGACCAUAGUGUUAUUUGUGAGUGAAAUAUACGUGAUUCCGUUCAUAAUAUGCUCAAGUGUUCAUUGCUCAAGACUGAAACAGUUCCUUGAAAUGGCUAGUGAUUAUUUACGUCCAAAAAGUGAAUUGAAUAGUGAUUUAGUGUCGUAAAUAUUUGUGUUAAUAAUUGAUUUAUUCGUGUUAUUGAUAUCAGCGCCAUCUAUUGAGGGAUAGUGAUGUUAAGUUGACAAUGGAGGCCGGUUACAUACCGGUGAGCGCGCCAGGCGCGGCACAAGUUCUACAGUCAACCGUUAUGGCGCCACCAGCGAAUGUAGUUCGCGCGCCGGGUUUGAAACGCGGCAAAAUGGAGGAGGCCAUUUCUGAUCGGAUUAAGUUGGAGACUGUGUUUGGCUUGACAGUGAGCAGUAAUGCGGCUCUGGACUGCGAUCCGAAUUCUGAACUAGUAGCAUAUCCAGCUGGAUGCACAGUAGUCCUCUACAAUGUACGCAAGAACAGGCAGGCUCACGUUUUAAACGCGUCACGUAAGAGUGUCACGUGUGUUGCCUUUUCACCCGAUGGACGAUACCUGGCGACGGGAGAGUGCGGCCAUGCACCGGCAGUCCGAGUUUGGGACCUACAGGAUCCCAUGGCGUCGGGUGCGGUACAAAUAGCUGAAUUUCCGGGUCACACGCACGGAGUCAACUGUGUUGCAUUCUCAACGUCUUCCAAGUACCUGGUAUCAGUUGGUUCGCAGCAUGACAUGAUAGUGAAUGUUUGGGAUUGGAGAGCGAACCUCAAAUUAGCUAGCAAUAAGGUGUCAUCACGCGUGAAGGCUGUCAGUUUCUCAGAACAAGGGAAUUAUUUCGUGACAGUUGGAUUCAGACAUGUCAAAUUUUGGUUCCUCGAGUACUCAAGGAGUGCUAAGUUCAAAGAACCAGUUCCUCUCAUGGGUCGAUCGGCCAUACUCGGAGAGCAGAAGGACAAUGAGUUUUGUGACGUGGUUUGUGGGAGAGGAGAAGCGGCAGAUAGCACAUAUGCCAUUACGAGGAGCGGUCUACUAUGUGAAUUUAAUAGCCGGAGACUGCUUGACAAAUGGGUGGAAUUGAGGACAACGAGUGCAAAUUGUAUGGCGAUAGGAGCGAAUUAUAUAUUUGUUGGAUGUGCGGAAGGCAUUGUGAGGUGUUUUGCCCCGGAUUCCCUAAAAUACGUCACAACUUUACCCCGGACACAUUACUUAGGGGUAGAUGUAUCACAGGGUGUUAAUAUCAACCAUAUGUUCAGUCAGCCAGCAAACGCAAAGUAUCCCGACGCAGUAGCGUUGACAUAUGAUGAGAGGAACCACAAACUAACAUGUGUGUACAACGACCACAGUUUAUAUGUAUGGGAUGUACGGGAUAUUAAAAGGGUCGGCAAAUCCCACUCAGCACUAUACCACUCGGCAUGCAUUUGGGGUGUAGACAUGGUGGGGAUGGGAGGUCCCUUACCUCCAGGGACAUUUCUGACGUGUUCCAGCGAUGACACAGUGAGACUAUGGCAUUUGAAACCGGAACCACCGAAUAUUUAUAGUAAUGAAUUAAACAAAGUAUUAUAUAUAGACCCAGAAUUGAAGUUCCUCAAGGAUGUAGAUCUCACGGCAACCAGCGAUCGGGAUAAAUCAAAGACCUAUGAUGAUAAGAUUGGAGUCAGGUGCGUACGAGUAUCCCCAUGCGGACGUCACUUAGCAGCAGGAGACAGGGCUGGCAACAUUUGGAUCCAUAAUGUGAAUGGAAAUGGAACGCCGGCGCAUACAUUAGAAGCGCAUGACGCUGAAGUCCUGUGUCUGGAGUACUCCGAACGACCAAGAUUGCUGGCUUCGGCCUCGCGGGAUCGGCUUAUACAUGUUUUCCUAGUUGAUAAGGGCUACCAAAUCCUCCAAACCUUGGACGAACACUCCUCUUCAAUAACAGCAGUUCGCUUUCUUAGUUCUGGCGGUGGCCUGCAGAUGGCGUCUUGUGGCGCGGAUAAGACCAUCCUAUUUAGACAAUUGAGUACGAUGCCGGAUGGCAGUUACCAAUUCGCUCGUGGGCAAAACGUAUCAGGCCGCACUACUUUGUACGACAUGGAAGUGGACGCUGGAGGAAGGCAUAUACUCACUGCUUGUCAGGAUCGUAAUGUCAGAGUAUACAGCGCGUCUCACGGACGUCAUACGAAGACAUUCAGAGGCACAACCGCGGAAGACGGCACAUUGAUCAAGGUGGCAUUGGACAGUAGCGGUAUCUAUCUUGCAACGUCUAGUACGGAUAAAAUACUCAGUGUGUACGAUUACUACUCAGGCGAAUGUAUGGCUACUAUGUAUGGACACUCGGAGAUUGUUACUGGUCUUAGAUUUACUCCCGACUGCCAGCACUUAAUAUCGGCGAGUGGGGACGGAUGUAUAUUCGUAUGGCGAGUUCCACAUGACAUGGUUGUCACUAUGCGGGCGAGGUUGGCGCAACAGGCAAUUCGACAGGGCAGAAAAGCGCCAUCUAACGGUAUGUCAGGUUUGGAAAGCGAAACCGACUCCCAUUUGGGUUCACCGCCCAGAGAACUGACGGCUGACGAUAAAUUUGCUGCACCCGUUGUGCCAGACUAUACGCUAAGAAUAGGCCGCUUACCUUCAUGGGCCAAGAAAAGCUUAGGAAAUGAGCUAACAGCACCGGAAACACCCCCAGAGCCACCUGCGAGAGGAAAAUGGGCUACUCGAAUACUACCCGCUAAUGAAAAACGAGGUGAUUCCGACGGUUCUAAGGAUAGUUCGCUAGAUAGCGGUACGGACACACGGUAUAUUGAGAAAAGAAGGGAACAGGGGGUAAAACAGAGGCCGAAAUCGCUCAACUUGUCGCAACUUCCCCGUGUUGAAGCUUUGUUCAGGAAUUUUGACCGUAACAUGAGAGCUACUUACGAUAUUUUGACGAUAUCUCCAAAAGCAGAGAAGGUAACGAUUAAUUUAACUAAAACAAGAACACAAGAGUCUCGAGUGCGACACCACACUGACGACUCGUCGCUCGGCAGUCUUAAGUUUGAGGAUCAAGAAUCGACAGAACACGAUGGCGAUGUUGAGGACAUUUCUGAUGGAGAGAGGACGUCUUCGUCAGAGAGAGGAAAUAGACCCACCUAUUACCCGGGGAACAAUGAUACUGAGACUCCUAGUGAAUUUAUGGUGACUGCGAUGGAUGAAACCGAGCUAAGGCAUUCAAUGCGUCGCUCAAAGCGUUGGACAGGGGAAACACCAAGACUGGACUUGCCUCCUGCUGCUUCUCUGAGUGGAUCGCCACACGACUCUGAUGAUGAUGAGGUGUCAACGCCAUCUGGUGAUAACGCGGAUCGUAAUCCACUUUCCGGUUCUUGUGAGUCCAUAGACACGGCCGGGAGAAGAGAGAAGUAUAUUAAAUCUGCGUUUGACAGUUUGAGUGGAGUGGACAUGGAUAAUGGCAACGCUGCGAACACGGGUCACAAUUCAUUAUCAGCGAAACACUUAUCCCGCGGACCAACACUUAGGCCGGACCCUGAAGCCAUCAGAAAUAGAGAAGAAUUGCAGAGAAGGAUACAAGAGACUAGAAGGCAGUUGGAUAGUCUGGCGUACCGGUCAAAUCUGAAGUCGAGUCAGUCGACAACAGAUCUAUCGUAUAUUCCUGAAAAAGACGGCUCCAAUAGGAAUAGAUUAUCUAUUGGAUCACCCAGUAACUCUAGGAAUUACGGAUUCCAAAUACCUACUUUCCCGGAGGAAAACUUUGAUAGUCUUUCUAGCAAUUUCUUUGAUAGCCUUAACUAUCAAAAUCUUGAUUAUCGAAACAAAAACCCUUACGCCAUUCCUGCGAAUUUAAACCAUAAAAUAAUACCUGAAUAUUAUCAAAAUCCUCCGAUUAUCCCACCUAGAGUAAGAGCGGACAAACACAAUCAACAAAUAAGUAAUUCACAUUACAAAGAAAAUACACAAAAUCAAGCUUUCACAGUAGAUAUGAAGAAAACAAACUCUAAAGUAUUUAAUCGAUUAUUUUCAACAAAAGAAGACCCGCCAAAAAUACCUCCGAGAAAUUUCCACUUAAACCUUACCGAUAAACCUCAACCAAAAACUCCGAAGCCAAAUGCACGAAGCAUUUUUAAAAACUAUAAAUCAUGCCCAGUUUCACCCGUUUCUGAAGAAUGUAAGUGGGCUGAUAAAGUGCCCCCUGCGCAAAAUAAUGAUAAGCUGAAAUUCAAUGCUGCAGAGGCUAAAAAACGAUAUUCUCUUAGUUUCUUUGUUGGGGCUGAUAAAAUGAAAGCAGGAAAAAGCAUUGCUAAUACAAUAAAAAGUGACACGGAGAAAAUGAUAGCAGAAAUCACAAAGAAAUAUGGAGAUUUAGACGCAUUUGAACCGAAUGCACAAGAUGAUCUAGAUUUACAACCCACUAAAGAGGAAAAGGAUGAUGGUAAUUUCUCAUCCGAUUCCUUAGAAGACUGUAGCUUAAGCCAAGAUGUCAGUUGCAAAAAUAAGUUGUAUUCUAAGAAAAUUUGCAAGAAGCACAACAAACAAAACACGAGGAACAUACCGAGGCGGGCGGUAUCAAAUUACGAAAUAUAUGGGACUUACGAAAAGCCUAAAGUUCCAACUAAACCAUGUAUUGAACACAAAAGUUCGACGUUACCUAGAAACAUGCCAUCAAAUCUGGAUGAUAUUAUGGAUGAGGACGUCACUAAGAUAUUUGCUAUGCACAGAUGUCAAAGUGUACUCACUAAAAGGUGUAUAACCAGAUCAAAUGAGUCCGUUUUAAGUGAUAAUUCUAACUGUUCUAGCGUUUCUAAUGAAAUAUUUUUAAAAUACGGUAAUGAAGUUGCGUUUCAACAAGGGAGGCUUACUGAUAGUCGUUAUAAUUUAAACUCCCAAAAUUGUUCUUUUGAAAAUAUUCAUGAGCCCGAUGGGAAAUAUUUAGAGGCGCAUAGACACAGUAGUGCCAGUUUCUUUUUAAACCAAAAGAAGUAUAUGAAAAAUAGUUGCAGCCAAGAAUCGAUUCUGUCUGAUGAGUUUCUUGACAAUGAUCACAUGAUGUCUCGUACUAAUUGUAAUUCUUUAGAGAGCGUUUUAUCAGAUGAUUCUGAAUGUACGAAAAGUGCGCCACUGGAAAUGCUUUUUGAAGGUAAGAGAACGCGUAGCAAAUUCCCUAACAGCCAAAGCUGUUAUGAAUUUGACAAUAGUUCCAAAAGUUAUGGAUCUAGUCCUAAUAAGGUGCCCAGUUUAACUGGGUAUAUGUAUAAUAAUUAUUUCGAAACUCCCGGAGUGGAGUACCACGAACCUACUCCUAUAGUUGUGCAAAAGCCGCCCAUUCAUAAGGUGUAUGGAUUUGAGGUACCAACUUCUGAAUUUUCUGGACACAAGACUGUGACAAGAUCAAAAAGUUUAUACGACUCUGCAUCAAAACAUCCACCCCGGCCUCCUAAGAAUAUUGCAUACUAUUUUGAUGGUAGCGAUAUUAGACAGUAUUCUGAGGAAAAAAAAGGAAUCGAUGAUAUACCUAGAUUAAAAAAUACUGAUUAUAUGGCAAGUACAAGCAAAUCGUUGCAACCCAAAUUCGCUGAAAAACAAAAAUAUAAGAACGAAAUGGAAGGAUGUGAACCAAACACAAUGGUAAAAUCUAAGAGUUGUAGUUUUGAAGUUGUUUUAGAACCUGCAUCCAAGCCAAAUCCACUUAAAAAUCUCAUGGAGAAACGAAAUUCGCACGUUCAAAAGAACUUGGAAAAGUUUGAAGAUCAAAUACGAAAAAAUACACAAAGCAAAGGGAAUAAAAAUCAACAGAAUAAGGAGAAAGUCAAUAUAUCCAAAUAUAAUAAAACCACAAAAAGUCUUGAAAGAGAUUCUAGUCAAAAAAAUAAUAAUAACAAUAAUAAAAUUACUAUGGAGUUCGUUCCACAUAAACCGCCAAAACCAUUAAAACGAACUUCGUCUACUAAGCUUAAUAACAGACUUAAAGGUAACUUAGAAAAGUCGGGUUUAAGUUCAUCUAUAUCCUCGCAAUACAAGGCAAAGCUUGAUGGUUUACAGAAUAAAAAUUAUAUAACAAAUAAAAAAAUGGAAGACAAAAAUUCAAAUAAUUUAGAACCAGAAGGCACUGAAAAAACCUUUGAUAUAUUCGUUAAAGAAAAAGAAAUAAAUGAUAAUAAAUGUGAAAUGCAGAUGGACAGCUUAGAAGUAUAUGCAAUGCAGAAGUUAGAAAAGAAAAAGCAAAUGAGCCUGGAUUCUUUAGACGUUAGUGAUGAUAAUCAUGAUUUUGCUAAAGAUUCGCUAGACUACUACGCAGAACAAGAUAAUAGAUUCUUCAAUAAGUCACGAAAAGAAUCCAAUCUUAACAUAAAUAAGAAAGGCUAUAAUGAAACAUCUUCCUCUAAAAUCAAUCAAAAUGACUCGAAAGAAAACAUCGCUCCGGAAAGCGAGGAAGUAAAAAAAUAUAAGUAUAUUGAACGCAAAUUGGAAAUUAUAAAUAAAUUAGUUGAAAUGGAAGAAAGAAAAAUACUACAAGAAAAGAUUUUGAAGGAAUUCCGUAUGAAGCCUUUAGAAACUAAUAUUAACGACGGUAAAGGUGUUGUGAAAGUUUUGUCGCAGAAGUUUGAAAAAUUAGCAACGAAACAGACUACUGUACCUAAUUUUGCGUCCCUCACUCUAGACGAAGUUGAAGAUCGGGAAAAUCUAGAAGGGAAAGAAAUCAAACGCAAUUUAAGCCUUCCGGACAUACUUGAUACAGAACAAAUUGGCUUGACAGUAAUUGGUUGUGGCGAAACAUCUAACGAUAGCCCUAAUAUCGCGUCCGAACAAUUAAAUAAUACAAUACAAAGCGAACCAAAACCGCUUAAAGCAUUGCCCCAAAGAGUGUAUAACGAAAUGGUAUUCCCAAAAACAGACGUACAUUUAGAUAGUGAAAACUACGAAUCGUCUACAACUAGUUCAAGUUGUACGAAUUCACCGAAACGUAUGACCUUUUAUGGGUUUAAUCGUCCGAAAACUCCCUUUCGAAAAAUGAUUCGGCAACCAGCACCCAGGUUAUAUAUGGACAAUCAGGCUCGAAUGCGUCCCCCCUUUUCGGGGAAUGCCGUAAGGGGUUUAGCUAAAAAGUGUCCAAUAGUACCCGUGCUGCCUUCGAAAUUCUCACCAGGUCCUUCAAAACCUGUGCCAUCAAAUGCAAACAACAGCAAAUCGCCCAGCGGCUUCGUCCGCCCUGCACCACGAUACACAAAAUCUAAUAUGACUAGGAGUAGCAGCGUUGGGGUAUUGAACCAGAGUGACUCGGAAUCGGACCCUCAGCCGACUCGACAACCCAGAGUCGGUGGUCUUAUGAGACCAACGAUUAGUUCUAUGAACAAACAAGCACCUACAACCGCUAGGAGGCGUGGACUAUCUAAUGCGUAUAGUACAGCGAACGUCGCUCGCUCAGAAUCAAGUUCUGAGGCUGAAGAACGGACUGAAGCAAGACCAAGGGCCGCCUCAGUUGACAGGGCGUCUAGGAGACUGGGGGCCGGUCGCAGUGGUAGCGAGCGUGAUUUAUCAGCGAAGGCUCGAGAGGUGACGAAUCGGCUCACCUCUAACUCACGACAGAGGCCCAAGCAAGAGACUACUGAAAAUAAUGUGUCAUCAUCUCAGCUAUGUUCGGCUCUCACGGAACAGCUAACUAAGACGGCGAGUAAAGUCGUUCAGUUAUAUCGCACACUGCAGAGGGAACCAAACGCCGCAGCUGAUAUCAGUGGACUCGAAGCAGCAAUCCUCGAGACACAGAAAGUCCUGCGUGGUGCUGUUCAAGGGGAACCGGACAAUAACCGACAAAGGAUUGACAAUCUUCUUUCAAAAGAAGGCGCCGCAACUGGCAACCCAGCAAUGACUCUCAUAGAGCAAUACUCGGAUAUCUUGCUCAACAUGAUGCAGAGUAAAAUGGUGAACCAGUUCUCACAGAGUCCACAAAGUCUACCCCCCACCCCAAGAGAACCGGGUGGGGAAAGCUAGUGAUUAGUGAAGUGAAGAAUAUUUAGUGAAAAAUGGAAUUGAUAAGUGUAAAGUGGAAUUGUAAAGGAAAUAAAAAUGGAAUUAAUAAGAAAAUAUAAAAUGGAAAAAAUAUUUACUUAAGUUCCAUUUUGAAUUAAGAUGUUCUUAUUUAUGGAAUAAAAUUUAUGUUUAUGGUAAUCGUGUUUAACGGAAUUGUAACUGGAUUUUCUUUUCUUAUAUGAUAAGAUUUAAUUUGGUAAAUUAUUAUUUGAAUAUAUUGGAAAAUAAUUAAGUAUGUGACGGGAAUAGUUUGGAAGGUUGGAUAAAAAAAUUAAGAAAUAUGAAUAUAAUUUUAUUGUUUCUUAAAACAGAAUUUAUAUUUGUUUGUAUAAUUGGGGGUUUUAAAUAUAUUUUUAUCGUGGUUGAACCACUUUAAACGGAUUUCGUAAUGGAAUUGAACGCAGUAGAACACUUAUAUCAAUUAUAUUUUAUUUAAAAUUGCUGACAAUCUUAUGAAGACAUUGUAUUUAUUAUGGCUAGUAUUAAAUUGUUUUACAAAGAUCUGCGAUUUAAAAAAAUAAGUGCUGCCACCUGUUUAAGAAUUGACAAAGGAAAAUUUCAUAGCUGUCAGAGAAAACCUAUUGGACCAUUCACAAAGCCUAGAAUCUUCGUUAGAAAUAAAACGAUUGAAAAAAAGGGUUUAAAAUAUUACCCUAAAACGCAUUUAAAGCAUUCCAAUUUUUGGAGGCAAGGCCGCCAUCUUAGACAUGUCACACUGGAACUCGGGUUGUCAAUGUCAAAUUGACGCGGGAUUAAUGAGCGUGCACAUAGUGUUAUAGUUUGUAUUAUAAUUACUGAUAGAAUCUGAAAAUAAUCCGUUUUGAAAUCAUGUCAGUUUUCUCAGUAAAAGCAUAAAACAUUUAUAAUAUGUGCAUGAAUUGUAAAUAAAGUGUAUAAUACAUAUGUUUAAUUUUUAAAGUAUUACCUACGCUAAUAAUAGGGUGUGAAUUUUAAUAAUUCAUGCGAUAAUUGACUACACUGCGAUUUUUCCUUUUAUACAUCACGAUGACAAGUUAUAAUUUCUAAUUGAAAACUGUUUUAAUGCUUGCGAUGCGCAAAAAUCCGUUGCGGUGUCCAUUGUUAAUACAAUAUUCUCGCGUCGUCUAAUAUGGUCUAUAUUAGACGACGCGAGAAUAUUGUAUUUUUUUAUUGUACCAACUAUAGACAAAAGCACAUUUAUGCAUGAUGUAGCAAGCUAUAAUACCUAAAUCAUUAUUUUUAAAUUGAAAAAAUCGCAGUCGUUAGUCAAAAUCUUAUUAGGUAACAUUGUAAUUAAAAAAAUAUUGAUUACAAUUGUUUAAAUUACACGGUUCUAUCGAAUUAUAUUUAACCGCAUAAUAAAAUUGAGAAGUUAUCAAUUCGACAAGUAUGUUUUCCUGAUAUACAAUUAUUAUAAA